CUUUCGUGUCAUCCAAUCAGGUUUCUCCAAACUGUCUGCCGGCCUUGUUCAAAACAUAAACGGCAGCUCGUCUCUGUUCGUGUUGCAUUUUUUUUUAGAAAACACUAUAAUCGUCUGGAAAAGCAUUGGAGUAUCGUUAAAUUGUUUGUAGGUUUCUACUUGUUUGAUUUUCACAAUGGCCGAAGGUGGAGAAGUAGAAUGGGAGCUGAGCAAAGAAAACAUCCAGCCACUGAGACGAGGUCGAGCAGUGUCAGCCUUAAACCAGGCUCUAUCUCAACAGCAAGAUGGACUGAGCGCCGUCGUCCACCAACAGCGACAGGAGUUUGAGUCUGAGCUGCGAAUGUAUGAUGGCGAUGAUCCUCUCGAUGUUUGGGAUCGGUAUAUAAAAUGGACCGAGCAAACGUUCCCUCAGGGAGGAAAGGAGAGCAACCUCGCCACGCUGUUGGAGCGAGUCGUGACAAAAUUCAAAGAUGAAAAGAAAUAUUUCGCAGACUCCCGCUUUGUUGACCUAUGGAUCAAAUUUGCAGAGAGCUGCAGUGAGCCACUCGACGUUUAUCGCUACAUGCAAGCGCAUGGGGUUGGAGUCAAACAGGCCUCUUUUUACAUUGCUUGGUCUGAGGAGUAUGAGAAUCGAGGCAACAAUCUCAAAGCUGACCAGGUCUUUCAGGAAGGAUUAAGACAGCACGCAGAGCCACACGAGAAGCUACUGCAGUUUCACAGAGCUCUGCAAGCACGAGUUUCCCGGCAGGUGAUGAUGAAUGUUGAUCAGGAGGAGAGCGAUGAUGAUGACGACAAAGAGCAGGAGAGAAUUUCUCUGGCUGACCUCAAACACCGAGGGAAAAAGAAGACAGUUGCCCCCAUCAUCAGAACCAAACAUGCAAUGAGAAAUAUCACUGGAGGCCUUCAAUCUCACGGUGGGGCUGCUAUUGGCAGCGCGUCAAACAACGUGUUGGUGGUCUUUGAUGAAAACAGGACUCCCAGUGCUGGGUCAUCAGAACCCAGGGUGGAGUCAUGGAUGGCACCUCCCACAUCCAAGGCCAAGGAAAACGAGCAGAAAACGGAGAGAUGGUGUGACGUCAAGAUGCCCCAGAAGUCUAAAUUUGGCCAUGUCGUUAUGGCGCCACCUCCUCCCAAACCAACUUUUCAGCCGUUUGUGGAGGAGUCGGAUCAACUUCCAACAAUGACUCCGUGCAAGAUCAACCCAGCGGUGAACACGGUUCUAUCGGCACGUAAGCCGUGCAGAGAGGAAACUCCUCUGAAGAGACUCCAGGAGAGUCACCUGCAGCAGCAGCAGGCCGAGUCCACCAAGGAGCAGAGCAUGUACUGCAAAGAACUGCUGCUCAGCGGCGCCUCCGAGUUCUGCUUUGAAGAACUGCGUGCCCAACGCUAUUUCAAAAAGAUGGUCAAAGAACGAGCUGCCGCCAGUGCUUCAAGCUGAUCUUUUUGUCAACGGCUUCGUGUUCCAGAUUUCAACCACAUGUAUGAAUGUUUAGCUUCUGUGUCGCAUGUUGUCCUUUUGUAAAUAUUUUGUUGACGGAGACACAGUUACACGAAAAGACUAAAGGGUUGAUAGUUAAAUAACGAAAUAAAGAGUUGCUCUUUUAGUAGUUAUUCCAUUAAAGCAACAACAUUCACAAAUCUCUUCAUUAAUUGGUAACAGUAACAAAAAAAAUUUCCAAUAAAAUGUUCAAUGUACUUAUGUUGUACAACAUAUUUUAGAACUUAGUUUUGACUGUAUUUGUACUGUACUGUAUGUGUGAGUUCUUUUGUAAAUACCUAAGACUUUUUUGUUGUUUUCUAUUUUAUGUAGAAUUUGAGUGAUUUUUUUUUUUCUUCAAUUGUUCACAUGACCUGUGCUGCACAUUGGCUUUUACCAGAUUCCACAU